AUGGUAAUGAACAGUGAUUCUAAUCUUGUAGAGUUAGUGAGAAUCAACAGUGAUAUAGACAUGAUGGUAAUGAACAGUGAUUCUAAUCUUGUAGAGUUAGUGAGAUUCAAGAGAUAUAUAUAUAGGAGAGUUAGUGAGAAUCAACAGAGAUAUAUAGACAUGAUGGUGAUGAACAGUGAUUCUAAUCUUGUAGAGUUAAAUAAAUUAGUGGCUAAUGGUUAUAUAUAUGAAGGUAAAUACUGUGGAUGGUAUUCCAUAUCUGACGAAGCUUUCAUAACAGAUAAACAAGUGCAAGAUGUCACAGAUAAACAUGGAAAUGUUACCAAGGUUUCGUCGGAGACUGGUAAUCUAGUAGAAUGGACUGAAGAAAAGAAUUACGUGUUCAGGUUAAGUGAAUUUGGGCCAAGAAUACAAAGAUGGUUGGCAGAUAAUCCAAAUGUUAUUAAACCAGCUAAGUUCACUAAAGUUUUACAUCACUGGUUGAAUGAUGGUUUGCCAGAUUUAUCUGUAUCCCGGCAACGUAGUAGACUGAAAUGGGGUAUACCUGUUGCCAAUGACAACACUCAAACAAUAUAUGUUUGGUUAGAUGCAUUAGUGAAUUAUUUGACAGUAUCUGGUUACCCACAUAAGUCAUAUAGAUGGCCAGCAGUACACCUUGUGGGAAAGGAUAUACUGAAAGGCAGUAUUGCCUCACCUGAAGAGGGCAAUGUUGCCUCACCUGAAGAGGGCAUUGUUGCCUUACCUGAAAAGGGCAGUGAUGUCUCACCUGAAGAGGGCAGUGAUGCCUCACCUGAAGAGGCCAGUGAUGCCUCACCUGAGGAAGGCAAAGAGGGCAAUGUUGCCUCACCUGAAGAGGGCAUUGUUGCCUUACCUGAAAAGGGCAGUGAUGCCUCACCUGAAGAGGGCAGUGUUGCCACACCUGAGGAGGGCAGUGAUGCCUCACCUGAAGAGGGCAGUGAUGCCUCACCUGAAGAGGGCAGUGAUGCCUCACCUGAGGAAGGCAGUGAUGCCUCACCUGAAGAGGCAGGCAGUGAUGUCUCACCUGAAGAGGGCAGUGAUGCCUCACCUGAAGAGGCCAGUGAUGCCUCACCUGAGGAAGACAGUGAUGCCUCACCUGAAGAGGGCAGUGAUGCUUCACCUGAAGAGGGCAGUGAUGCCUCACCUGAGGAAGGCAGUGAUGCCUCACCUGAAGAGGCAGGCAAUGUUGCCUCACCUGAAGAGGGCAUUGUUGCCUUACCUGAAAAGGGCAGUGAUGUCUCACCUGAAGGGGGCAGUGAUGCCUCACCUGAGGAAGGCAGUGAUGCCUCACCUGAAGAGGGCAGUGAUGCCUCACCUGAAGAGGGCAGUGUUGCCUCACCUGAAGAGGGCAAUGUUGCCUCACCUGAAGAGGGCAAUGUUGCCUCACCUGAAGAGGGCAUUGUUGCCUUACUUGAAAAGGACAUUGGUGCCUCACCUAAAAAGGGCAGUGGUGCCUCACCUAAAGAGGGCAGUGAUGCCUCACCUAAAGAGGGCAGUGAUGCCUCACCUGAAGAGGCCAGUGAUGCCUCACCUGAAGAGGGAAGGGAUGUCUCACCCGAGAAGGGCUUUGUUGCCUCACCUGAAGAGAGCAGUGAUGCCUCACCUGAAGAGGGCAUUGUUGCCUUACCUGAAAAGGGCAGUGAUGCUUCACCUGAAGAGGGCAGUGUUGCCUCACCUGAGGAGGGCAGUGAUGCCUUACCUGAAGAGGGCAAUGUUGCCUCUCCUGAAGAAGGCAUUGUUGCCUUACCUGAAAAGGGCAGUGGUGCCUCACCUAAAGAGGGCAGUGAUGCCUCACCUGAAGAGGCUAGUGAUGCCUCACCUGAAGAGAGAAGGGAUGUCUCACCUGAGAAGGGCUUUGUUGCCUCACCUGAAGAGGGCAGUGAUGCCUCACUCAAAGAGGGCAGUCGGGCCCGGGCCCCGAGGUGUAUGUCUACUGGUAUUGCCAGUGAUGCCUCACCUGAAGAGGACAGUGUUUCCUCACCUGAAGAGGGCAGUGAUUCCUCACCUGAAAAGGGCAGUGGUGCCUCUCCUAAAGAGGGCAGUGAUGCCUCACCUGAAGAGGGCAGUUAUGCCUCACCUGAAGAGGGCGUUGUUGCCUUACCUGAAGAGGGCAUUGUUGCUUUACCUGAAGAGGGCAUUGUUGCCUUACCUGAAGAGGGCAUUGUUGCCUUACCUGAAGAGGGCAUUGUUGCCUUACCUGAAGAGGGCAUUGUUGCCUUACCUGAAAAGGGCAGUGUUGCCUCACCUGAAGAGGGCAGUGUUGCCUCACCUGAAGAGGGCAGUGUUGCCUCACCUGAAGAGGGCAGUGAUGCCUCACCUGAAAAGGGCAGUGGUGCCUCUCCUAAAGAGGGCAGUGAUGCCUCACCUGAAGAGGGCAGUGAUGCCUCACCUGAAGAGGGCAGUGUUGCCUCACCUGAAGAGGGCAGUGAUGCCUCACCUGAAGAGGGCAGUGAUGCCUCACCUGAAGAGGGCAAUGUUGCCUCACCUGAAGAGGGCAUUGUUGCCUUACCUGAAAAGGGCAGUGAUGCCUCACCUGAAGAGGGCAGUGUUGCCACACCUGAGGAGGGCAGUGAUGCCUCACCUGAGGAGGGCAGUGAUGCCUCACCUGAAGAGGGCAGUGAUGCCUCACCUGAAGAGGCAGUGUUGUCUCACCUGAAGAGGGCAAUGUUGCCUCACCUGAAGAAGGCAUUGUUGCCUUACCUGAAACGGGCAGUGGUGCCUCACCUAAAGAGGGCAGUGAUGCCUCACCUGAAGAGGCCAGUGAUGCCUCACCUGAAGAGGGAAGGGAUGUCUCACCUGAGAAGGACUUUGUUGCCUCACCUGAAGAGGGCAGUGGUGCCUCAUCUAAAGAGGGCAGUGAUGCCUCACUCAAAGAGGGCAGUCGGGCCCGGGGCCCGUGGUGUAUGUCUACUGAUGUCUAAAAGUAAAGGAAAUAUUGUGAAUCCUCUUGAGAAAGUGAAAGAUUUCACCACUGAUGGUCUUCGCUAUUUCCUGUUACGAGAAGGUGUACCACACUCUGAUGGAGAUUAUUAUGAUGAUAAAGUUGUUGAAUGCUUGAAUGCAGAAUUGUGUGAUACACUUGGUAAUUUACUUUCAAGGUGUACUGCUAAAUCACUCAAUCCAAAGCAGAUUUUCCCACCACUUGAUGCUAAUUUAUUUCCUCCAGUGAUGAAGAGUGGUAUCAAGGCAACCAGAGAUGACUAUAAUCUUAUUAUGAAAUUUACUAAUUUACCAGAGUGUGUCCACCAAUAUUACAUAAACUUUGAGGUUCAUAAAGCAAUAAAGGAAAUAAUGUCAUGUUUAAGGGAAACCAAUGCCUUUAUACAACGCCAUGAACCAUGGAAUCUUAGAAAGAAUGCAGCUGAUCAAACAUGGUUGAACACUGUCUUGCACAUUGCCAUGGAAACGCUUAGGAUAUCAGGAAUUCUAUUGCAACCUGUCGCCCCUAAUUUAGCUGACAAACUACUAUCCAGACUUGGAAUAUUGAACCACAAUAGGACAUGGAGUGAUUUGAACUGUUUUUCAUCUUUGCACGCUGAUACAUGUUUAAAUGCUGGACACAGUUUGGGACCUGAUACAGGUGUUCUGUUUACAAGGAUAAAAAAAUAA